AUGACCGAUUUCCUGCGAACACCUGAAGAAAAUUUUGCUGAAUUGACGGACUUCAACUACGCACCGCACUACCACACCUGGCAGGAUAUGCGGGUGCACUAUAUUGAUGAGGGUCCCGCAGAUGGUCCGGUAAUGUUGCUCAUGCAUGGCAUGCCAACCUGGGCGUAUCUCUACCGCGACAUCAUUCCGGUAUUGGUGGGUGCCGGCUAUCGCUGCAUCGCACCGGAUCAUCUGGGCUUCGGGCGCAGCGAUAAGCCAGCUGAUAUUCACUGGUACAGCAUUGCACGCCACACGGAAGUACUGACCAGCCUGAUCACUCAUCUGGAUCUGCAGGAUGUGACCCUGGUCUGUCAGGACUGGGGUGGUCCCAUCGGCUUGGCCCAGGCUGUACACAUGCCGGAACGCUUCAGCCGCCUGAUCAUUAUGAAUACGUGGUUACAUCAUCCAGAUUUUGAGUAUUCGCAAGGCGUGCGAAACUGGGUGAAAAACUGGCACGAAGGGGGUUUGUUCCAUCGACCGCAACCUGAUGUUGGCCUCCUGCUCGUUUUGAGCGCAGGCCUGGCACCCAGAGAGGUUAUUUUCCCAGCGCUGACACAAGGCAAAGAUCCAGGUUUAACCGGCGCAGCAGCCGAUGUGUAUCAGGGUUUCUCAGCACCCUACCGAGGCAUGCCAGAUGAGGCUUUUAAUGGUUUUCGGCGUUUCCCAUUGUCCAUACCCAUGCAACAACCCGGUAUUCACUACGAUAACGGCAACGGCGCAGCGCAGACCCAUCACUAUCAGCAACUGUUGAAGUGGCAAAAACCUGUACAUUUUAUCUGGGGUUGCAGCGACGACGUAUUCACCGAAGCCUGGGGGCGUAAAUGGGCAGAGCAGAUGCAGGCAAGUUUUGAUCCGAUUCCUGCGGCGGGUCAUUUCCUGCAGAGCAGCCACGGAUUGCGCGCGACGUCGAAAGCGCUGACCAGCAAAAAUACCUGUAAAACCUGUGGUCUGGGUAUGGGCGGUCAACUCGGCGGCAUGACCAACGAGCUGGGCGAAUUUCCAUCCGUUUGCAACAAGAGUGUGCAGGCUCAAUCUACCGACCUGCAACCACCCAUUCCAUCCGCCAUAUUCAAUCACAGCCUGGCGGAGCUGCGCGAGCUCGACGAGCGCGAGCUGGCCCGGUUAGGGCGCCUGGCAAACCCCAUAUUCAAACCGGCGGAUGCUACGCACUACACUGAAGUCAGCUGGUCGUUUGCGCUGCAGAAAGCCAUUGAGCAGCUGCGCCAGACCCCGCCACAGAGAAGUUUCUUUUACGCCUCGGGACGUUCAUCCAACGAAGCAGGCUUUGUUCUACAGCUGUUUGCCAGGCUGUACGGCACCAACAACGUGAAUAACUGCUCCUACUACUGCCAUCAAGCUACCACCGAAGGAUUGCACACCACCGUGGGUACCGGCACAGCUACCGUUGAACUGGCAGACCUUCAACACAGCGACUGCAUCAUCCUGCUGGGUGCAAACCCGGCGUCGAACCACCCACGGUUUAUCUAUCAGCUGCAGGGCUGCCGAACGCGAGGUGGCGAAGUCGUUGUCAUCAACCCUGCCAGAGAACCUGGCCUGGUACGUUUUGCCAUGCCAAAAAGUGCACGAUCCCUGAUUGCCGGGGGCACGCCCAUAGCCACGGAGUAUAUGCAGCCACAUAUCGGCGGUGAUGUUGCUCUGCUCAAAGGCAUCGCCAAAGCGGUUGUCGCUAAAGGCGGCGCGGACCAGACAUUUCUUGCCCAACACACGGAAAAUGCGGACGCCUAUCUGACAAAUUUAGAGUGCCAGAACUGGGAGGAUAUCGAAGCUCAAAGUGGCGUAUCCAAGGCGCGCAUCGAACACAUCGCUGAGAUCUAUUGCCAGGCAGAACGGGUCGUUUUUGCCUGGGGUAUGGGUCUGACCCAUCACCUGCACGGCGUCGCCAAUGUGGAAGAAGUCGCCAAUCUGGCACUGCUGCGCGGCAUGGUGGGCAAACCCUCAGCGGGGCUGCUGCCGCUACGCGGGCACAGUAAUGUUCAGGGUAUUGGCACCAUCGGGGUCAAACCUGUGCUGGCAAAUGACGUUUUCGAGGCUCUUGAACAACACCUUGGUAUCAACCUGCCAACCCAGUCAGGACUAGACACCAUGGCUUGUCUGGACAGAGCUGCAGCGGGUGAUAUGGACAGCGCAUUUAUCAUGGGCGGCAAUCUCUUCAGUGCCAGCCCUGAUCGAAGCUGGGCAGAAGGCGCUCUGAAUAGAAUUGGCAGCAAAACCUUCCUCACCACCACCCUGAAUCGCAGCCAUAUUUACGGCUCAGACAACGGCGCAAGCCUGGUGUUACCCGUACUCGCAAGAGACGAGGAAAGACAAGCCACCACACAGGAAAGCAUGUUCAAUUAUGUGCGCCUGUCUGACGGCGGCAUCAAUAGAAUCGACGGUCCGCGCAGCGAAACUGACCUUCUGGUAAGUAUUGCAUCACAGGUCAUCGACCCAACUGUUUUCGAUUUCCAGUGUUUUCAGACCCAUCAGUCGAUCCGCCAUGCAAUUGCCGCAACGGUACCCGGCAUGCAGCCCCUGGCCAGCAUUGAUGUGGCUAAAGCAGAGUUUCACGUUAACGGUCGUCUGCUCAAAACACCGCAGUUUUCAAGAUCAGGCGGACGCGCGUGUUUUGCACUCAACAGUCUACCCGAGCACAAUUGUGAGCGGUCGUUCCGACUGGCAACUGUGCGCAGCGAAGGUCAGUUCAAUACGCUGAUCUAUGAAAAUGAAGACAGCUACCGCGGCACAAAUUCCCGCUGGUGUAUCUUCAUGAAUAUCGAAGAUAUCAAGGCGCUGGGGCUUACAGCGAACGACCUGGUUGAUGUCACUUCGGCUGCUGGCCAGAUGAUUGCACUGCGGUUAGUGCCUUUCGACCUGCCUGCGGGCAACACGCUGGCGUAUUUCCCGGAGGCCAACGUUCUGGUCAAUACAGAGGUCGACCCGCGCAGCCGCACACCGGCUUUCAAAAACGCUGACUGCUACCUGGAGUUUCUAUGCAAGACAUCAUCGCCCGACUCAAAGAAAAACAAGAUGCCGCUAUGCUCGGCGGUGGUGAACACCGCAUCAAGCUCCUUCGAAGAGUGGGAUAAAUAUGUAGAACACCGCUCGCACGAUUUUGGCAUGGAAGAACAAAAAAUCCCCGGGGAUGGUGUAGUCACCGGCUACGGCACAAUUAAUGGGCGGCUGGUGUUUGUUUACAGCCAGGAUUUCACCGUAUUCGGUGGCGCUUUAUCCGAAGCCCAUGCGGAAAAAAUCUGCAAAGUCAUGGAUCAGGCCAUGAAGGUUGGCGCGCCGAUUAUUGGCUUGAACGACUCAGGUGGCGCGCGCAUCCAGGAAGGUGUUGCCUCGUUGGGGGGUUACGCAGAAAUAUUUCAGCGCAAUGUGCUUGCCUCAGGCGUCAUUCCACAGCUGUCCCUGAUCAUGGGGCCCUGUGCUGGCGGCGCAGUUUACUCCCCCGCGAUGACAGACUUCAUCUUCAUGGUGGAAGACUCUGCUUACAUGUUUGUCACCGGACCAGAUGUUGUGAAAACCGUUACCCACGAGGUUGUCACGCCGGAAGAACUCGGCGGCGCGAGUAUUCACACGCGCAAAUCCGGGGUUGCCGAUCUGUCAUUCGAAAAUGAUCUGGAAGCGUUACUGCGCACACGGCGCUUUUUCGAUUUUCUGCCUGCAAGUAAUCGCGAAAAGCCACCGCGCUGGCCCACAGAAGACCCUGGCGCCCGUGAAGAACCGUCACUUAAUACGCUGGUCCCCGCCGACGCAUCAAAACCUUAUGACAUCAAAGAAGUGAUCCAUAAGAUUGCGGACGAGAAAGACUUUUUUGAAGUGCAGUCUGAAUACGCACAGAACAUUGUUAUCGGUUUCAUACGUUUACAGGGUUCAACUGUAGGCGUGGUUGCUAAUCAACCCAUGGUCCUUGCAGGAUGCCUGGAUAUCGAUUCGUCGAAGAAAGGCGCGCGUUUUGUUCGCUUCUGCGAUGCCUUUAAUAUUCCCAUUCUUACCCUGGUUGAUGUACCCGGAUUUAUGCCCGGCACCGUGCAGGAAUACGGUGGCAUCAUCAAAAAUGGCGCCAAACUUCUGUACGCCUAUGCGGAAUGCACGGUGCCAAAAGUGACAUUGAUCACCCGCAAAGCAUACGGUGGCGCUUAUGACGUCAUGGCAUCCAAACACCUGCGCGGCGACGUUAAUCUUGCCUGGCCCAGCGCUGAAAUCGCGGUUAUGGGUGCUAAAGGUGCUGUUGAAAUCAUUUUCCGCAAAGAACUGGGCGACGACGAAGGCAUCGCACGGCGCACCGAAGAGUAUCAGAACCUGUUUGCCAAUCCUUUUGUCGCCGCCAGUCGCGGUUACGUUGACGAUGUUGUUAUGCCUGCUGAAACAAGAGAGCGGGUGUGCCGCUCAUUUGCGAUGUUGCGCGACAAAGUAAAUUUAAUGUUUGAGAAAAUACUGAUAGCCAACCGCGGUGAAAUUGCCUGCCGCGUCAUCAAAACCGCCCGCCGCAUGGGUAUCAAAACCGUUGCGGUCUACUCCGAUGCAGAUGCCAAUGCGCUGCAUACACGCAUGGCAGACGAGGCAGUGCACAUCGGCCCUUCACCUUCCGCCCAGAGUUACCUGCAGAUUGAGCGCAUUAUUGCUGCCUGCAAAGAAACCGGCGCCCAGGCUGUACACCCGGGAUACGGCUUUUUAUCUGAGAACGCUGACUUCUGUGAAGCAUUAGACGGCGCUGGCAUUACCUUCAUCGGUCCCGGCGUGAAAGCCAUUACCAGCAUGGGUGACAAGAUCACCUCUAAACUGCUGGCUGCUGAAGCAGGCGUUAACACGAUCCCAGGCUACACCGAUGUGAUUGAUGGCCCUGAACAUGCGGUAAAAAUCGCCUCUGAAAUUGGCUAUCCGGUGAUGUUGAAAGCCAGCGCCGGAGGCGGUGGUAAAGGCAUGCGCGUGGUGUGGAAUGAUGACGAGUGUCGCGACGGUUUUGAACGCGCCACUAACGAAGCCCGUUCAAGCUUUGGUGACGACCGCGUAUUCGCCGAGAAAUUCAUCGAAGAGCCAAGGCACAUUGAGAUCCAGGUGCUCGCUGACAAACAUGGCAACGCCAUAUUCCUAGGCGAACGAGAAUGUUCAAUCCAGCGACGCCACCAGAAAGUCAUCGAAGAAGCACCUUCUCCGUUUCUUGAUGAAAAGACCCGCCAAGCUAUGGGUGAACAGGCCAUUGCCCUGUCUCGUGCCGUCGACUACAGCUCGGCUGGCACCGUUGAAUUUAUCGUUGACGCCAACAAGAACUUUUUCUUCCUUGAAAUGAAUACACGUUUACAGGUGGAGCACCCUGUCACGGAACUCGUCACCGGCCAGGACCUGGUGGAGCAUAUGAUCCGCGUGGCCAACAAUGAAGUGCUUUCACUAAAGCAGGAAGACGUUCAGCUCAAAGGCUGGGCGAUGGAAAGCCGUGUUUAUGCGGAAGAUCCGUUUCGAAACUUUCUACCGUCAAUCGGGCGUCUGGUGAAUUAUAAAGCACCCGUUGAAACAGCCCACGUACGUGUCGACACCGGCAUUGAAGAAGGCAGCGAGGUAUCGAUGUAUUACGAUCCCAUGAUUGCAAAACUGGUGACUUACGGCGAUACCCGCGAACAAGCCAUUGAACACAUGGCUGAUGCUUUAGACAGUUAUUACAUCCGUGGCGUACGGCAUAAUAUCAGCUUCCUGAAUGCAUUGAUCAUGCACCCCCGUUUUGCGGAAGGCCGCAUAACCACAAACUUUAUUGCUGAAGAAUACCCCGACGGAUUCCACGCCGGCGACGUACCCCAGAGUGAUCCUCUGAUACCAGUUGUCAUAACCGCCGUGAUCAACACCAUCCUGAACGAACGCGCCAGCCAGAUCAGCGGUCAGACGCGCAGGUUCGAACCGGAAGCUCACCAGGAUUGGGUUGUCAUCGCAAACAAGGCCCACUAUCCAAUAACACUGCAGCCUGUCGCACAUGGCUUUGAAGUGGACUUUGAAGGCAAAGUGUACCGCGUGCAAACCGACUGGCUACCCGGCAACACCCUGGUGGAAGCAGAGGUCAAUGGCCAGACAGUGACCCUCCAGCUAGAACAGCACAAGGCCGGUUAUCUCGCCUUCUAUCGCGGUGCAGAAACUCAGCUGCUGGUGUUAACGCCAGCUGCGGCAGAACUUGCACAGCACAUGAUCGAAAAGACACCACCUGAUUUGUCCAAGUUCCUUCUCUCACCCAUGCCAGGGCUACUGGUUAGUUUGUCGGUUAAAGAAGGCGACGAGGUCAAAGCGGGUGAAGAGCUAGCGGUCGUCGAAGCCAUGAAAAUGGAAAACAGUUUACGUGCCGAAGAAGACGGUGUAGUGGCCAAAGUGAUGGCCAGCGAAGGUGAAUCGUUAAUGGUUGACCAGGCUAUUGUAGAAUUUGAAUAG